GUGCGGAGUACUCGGGGCCAGUUUCGAAGUAAUUACUAUCUUAUCGAAUGCCCUGUCGCGGGUGGCCUAUAAAAGUAGAAGAAUUGCCGGCAAUCGGGCAAAGAGUUAAGUGCCAGCAACAUGUCCGGAAUCCCACCAGCCACCUUUACGGUAAUCGCUGGCAGUGCAGCCCACAAUCAGCGACGCAAGAAUCAGAAUCAAAAUCAACAGAAGAGUGCCACUAAGACCGAUACACAGACGGCGGGGUCGAAGACAAAUAGUUGCCACAUUGCUUAGAUAUAGUAACUAUCUUAUCUGUACAAGGAUUUAACGCAUGAAAAUACAUUUCCCAUGACAUAAACACCGUGUAUAAAUGGGCCGAACAAAGCGUUUGGGGUUUCAGUUAAUGGGCACAACGAAAACGAGACGGAAUAAUCAGCGACAAAAUGAAAACGACCAUUGUGGAGGAGAGAAGUGUUAAUGAAACGAUAGAAACGAUAGCCACGAGCAGUGGCACAAUCCAGGAGACCAUCGAGAUAGUCAACAUCGAGGGUUCUCCGGCACCGAAGCAACGCCAUCAUCAUCACCAUCACAGGCAUCACCAUCAUCAUCAGGAAAGACAGGAGAAUGUGGAAGUUGUGGAGCGAGAGGAAGUGAUUCUGGUGGAGAAUGGAGCAAAGCCCCGAAAGCACCAUCACCACCACAAGCAAAAGACUUCGCCACCUCCACCUUUGCCAGAGACCUCACCGCCAUUCCUCACACCCACCGAGGAGGUGGGUUUCAAUGUGGUUUGGGAACCCCAGGCCUUUUGGAACCAGCCCUCACCCAAUCCCUCCACGGAUCUUGAUCUCUCACCCGAGAGGGAUGUUGUGGACACAGAGGAGAUAUUGGACACUACAUCUGCUUCAGAUGAAUUCACCACCGUGGUUUGGCAAACGGAGACAAAGGAAACGUUUAAGCAAACCCAAAACCACACUAGGGUGGUGGAAGAGGAAAUCAUAAUUGAACAAUUGGAUCCUCCACCCUAUGCACCUCCACAGCUUCAAGUGCAGACAGGAUUCUUCCCGGGAGCUCAGCAGCCUCCUCUUUCUCCCAUCGCAGAAGUGGUUCAAACAGAUGUUUUUGUGGAAUCAGUGGAACCUUCACUGCCCCCAACAGGUUAUAUUCCCAGAAUGAAUAUUAAUCCACCGGAAACUAUUGUGGAGAAUGUGCAAGUUGACUUUUCUGCACAGAUUCAACAGGAACCGGAGUUUAUUCCUCAACCAGGUUUUGUGGCUAGGAUUGUGGGGAAUAUAGAAGGAGCCGUAGCAUCCAUUUCUACACAGGCCCCAGCUCCAAAAGGCUAUUAUCCUCGAUCAGGAUUAGUAGAGACUACUGUGGAGGACAUAGAAGUUAUAAAAGUAGAUCCUCCUGUGCAGAAUAUUGUACAAAUUGGCAACGUUCCUGGAGAUGUGGUAGUGGAAUCAGUUGUGGAAAAUAUUGAAGCGGAUUCCCCCUUUCUUCUUCCACCCGGUGGUUUUGAUGCUGAGGAGUCGAUUGUGGAGAACAUCGAAGUCUCGACAGAAGUCGACGACUCUCCAUUUCUCCUUCCAGCUAAUGGCUUUGAUUCUGAGCCAGUCUGCGUGGAAUCAAUUGUUGAAAAUAUAGAAGUAAUACCACCCGAACCUGUUUUACCAAUUCCAGUACAAAAUUCUGUUCCUGGAGGCUUUGUAGAAAGUAUAGUGGAAAACAUAGAGGUCAUAAAAGAAGAUGAUCCUCCUUUCCUGCUUCCCGCUCAAAAAGAGUUUACUCCCCAGCCUGGCAAUGUGGAAUCCAUUGUAGAAAAUAUGGAAAUCACUACAGAAGUGGAUCCUCCAUUGCGACCACCAGCGCAGAGUGGUUAUCUACCUAGAUCUGGAUUCGUGGAGUCUAUUGUUGAGAGUAUAGAAGUCACUGAAGAAGUUAAUCCUCCCCAACCUCCAGUGCCAAUUGGCCUGAUCCCGCAAACAGGCUUAGUAGAAUCGAUUGUGGAAAACAUAGAAGUCAAAGAAGAAGUGGAUUCUCCUGUGCAAUCCCCAAUACAAAUGAGUUUUCCUCGUCGAUCGGGUUUUGUAAAUUCAAUAGUGGAAAAUAUAGAAGUCACGGAAGAAGUCACGGAAGAAGUUGAAACUCCAAUAAGGCCACCACUCCCAAUUGGUUUCCCUCCUCGCUCAGGUUUUGUAGAAUCGAUUGUGGAGAACAUAGAAGUCACAGAAUAUAGUCCACCCUAUCAAUCCCCAGAGCCAAUGGACAUAUUUCCGCAAACAGGUUAUGUUGAAAAUAUUGUGGAGGACAUUGAAAUCACGCAACCGUCACAGCCAGUUUUUCAAAAUGGUUAUGCGCCUCAAACAGGCGUCGUGGAAUCAAUUGUGGAAGAGAUAGAAGUCACUCCCGACCCUCCACUUCGAUCAAUAGUGACAACUAAUUAUAUGCCACGCGCAAGUUUGGUUCAAGAGCUGGUUGUGGAGUCCCUGGAAGUAACGCCAACAUCAUCGCCUCCCCCCGAACAGUUUCCUUUUAUUUCCAGAGAAAGUCUAAUCGAAGUUGAUGACUAUGUGACGGUUGAGGAAGUCACCCCUUACAAUACCGCUCCACACAGUCCCACAGUGGAAGUGGAUAGAUUUAGCGAAGACGAGGCUUAUGUGGAGAUUAUUGACGUUACACCCGUUAAUACACCACCAAGGAGUCUAUCAAUUCAAGGCCCUAUUGAAGUGGGUUUCGUUCCCAGGCCAAGCUUAGCGGAAACGGCGGUUAUUGUGGCUUCCCUGGAGGUUACUCCCACUCCCACACCUCCACCCAGUCCACCUCUGAAACUCAGAAUACCACCAUCGAAUCUGGCACAAACGGAGGUGAUUGUAGAGUCUGUGAAUGUUACACCAGUUCCCUCACCUCCUCCCAAGCCACAAGUGAAACCACUUAAUAGUUUCAUUCUAACUGAUCUGGUUAUAGACGAUCCUCAGUUUGUAGAAGUGGUGGAAAGAGAGGUGGUUGUGGAGUCCUCAAAUAAUGGGCAAGUGACUGAGGUCAUAGAAGUAACCGAGGAAGUUAUAGAACCUGCCACACCCAUUGGAACUGUUUUAGUGGGUGUCGUUUCCGAGCAAAGUAACGACAAGUUUGGCAAGCGGUAUUCCCUCAGUGCAGCUUUGACUCAAGAACAGCAACAGGAGCAGGGAAUACAGGAAACGAAUGAACCACCACCAAUCCAAAAACGAGAUAUUGCAGCAGAACCACCGAAACGAAAAUGCUGCCACUGCAAAUGCGUCAUUUCCUAAAUCGGAGGUCAGGGGCUUUCCCCAAGCCUGGGAAUGUAAGCUCCGCCUAUCGCAUAUCUAAUCAGCGGAAACAGAAGCCACCCAAAAAAAAAUCACAGUAAUUGAUAGUUAAUUACCAG